UCUUGUAAUAUGUCACUCGCACUCGCGUUGGUUCUUCUCGUUCGUAUAUUUUUAUAGCACUGUGCAAAUUAAUUUUUUUGUGAAGGCGUCAAAUCAGUACUUUGUUUUGUAUUAGGAAAUACAAAUUUGGUAUUAUGUACUAAGAAAAAUAUUGACAAGUUGAAGUGUAUGUGAAAUUAUCAAAAGUGCAACGCAGUUUGACGCUUGUGUAACAUCGGCUACUUUUAAAAGUUCGAAAUGCUGAUAUAGUGAUUGAAAAUGAUAUAGGAAAUGCAUUAGUCUUUUAAAUUAAUCCACUGGAAAAAUAAAGAAAUAAUGAAAGUUUUUGACAAAGCAUGCCGAAAAACUGGAGUUUUUUCAUAUGUCUAUAAUUAUUUGAGUACAAAAAAGCAUAUAUUAUUAGAGCUUAAUGCAAAUAAAAAAACUAACCAGCAGGCAGAAAAUAUAUUGAGGGAUAGUGUGUUUACGAAGCAACGUAAACGAAGGUUAUAAAAAUUGUAACAAAAAAAGAAAACAUAUAUGUAUAUUUAAAUGAGAAAUUCUAUAAGUGAACUAGAGUAAAAAAAAACAACAUAAUGCAUUGCGACAACACGAAAACAUCAUCGGAAAUCGAACAUGUCGACUGGAGCACUGGCACCGGAUCAGGGCAUCACUAUGCUGUCAGAUUUGGUUCGGGGAGUAGUCAGGCAUCUCAGAGCAGUGGGGAUAUUUGUCGCAUCUGCCACUGUGAGAGUGAUCCACAAAAUCCUUUGCUGACACCUUGCUAUUGUGCGGGUAGCUUAAAAUACGUACACCAGGCGUGUCUCCAGCAAUGGUUAACUGCAUCGGAAACGAAUGCUUGUGAAUUAUGCAAAUUUCCAUUCAUAAUGCAUACGAAAAUUAAGCCAUUCAAUGAGUGGCGUAGCCUUGAUAUUUCUGGAAUUGAACGAAGACGCCUCUGUUGUUCGGUAUUGUUCCAUUGUGCGGCGGCUUUAUGCGUUAUUUGGUCACUUUGUGUAUUGAUUGAACGUGCCGCCGAUGAUGUGAAACGUGGACUGAUUGAUUGGCCUUUCUGGACGAAAUUGGCCGUUGUAACGGUAGGCCUCACCGGAGGCGUUGUAUUCAUGUAUAUUCAAUGCAAAGCUUACCUACAUUUAUGUCAUCGUUGGAAGGCCAGGAACAGAAUUCUCCUCAUUCAAAAUGCUCCAGAAAAAGUGCAUCCUUUAUCGCCCCCAUCGCCUGCGGCCACACAUCGCACUCGACAUGAAGGGUCUAGCGAAUCACACCCAUGCAGCACAAAUGCACAACCGACUGGAGUUGAUGGACCAAAUGUCGAAAUAGUCCCUAAUGGUGCUUCUGCCCCAAAUGGCUACAACUAUGCCUCCACCGUUGGCACUGGUAGUAUUUCUGGCAGUUUGGACAUAGAGGGAGCGACGGCUCUUCAUCAGCAUCCCCUUCAUCACUAUCAUCUUCCAGCCGAUCAGCGCCGUCUUCAAGAAAGAGAUGAUCUUGAUUCAGACGUUCUGCCCGCAGCUCAUCAUCACCAUUUGACGGCGCAACAACAAGUGGGACAAGUGGCUGUAGCGGCGAAUAUUGAAUGCGCUCAGCUGCAAAGUAAUUACGAACGCGAUUGGGCGUUGGAUGAUGUUGUCUCGCAAAUCUCGUCUUUCCGCCCAUGUCCACAGGGUUCGGGUAGCAUGACACCUUUCCAUGAUUCAAUUCACAAUGUACUCGAACAUUCGGAGAAUUCAAGUCGUGGCUCGGUAAAUGAUGUUUGUGGUGGUUCGAGGCAAGAUCUUAGCACUGGCGGAAUUUCUACAGAUACGGGUCGUGAGCAUGCGCUUCAACUGAGUAGUUUUAGUGGUAGUGGUGAUCAAAAAGCGCCUUCUAUUAGUUCUGGCGUUUCGAACGCUGUGGCCAAUGGUUUGGGUGGUUUCGCCUAUAAGCCACACACCAAACGCUACUCUAAUUCAUCGAUUUUUAUAGAGAACCGCGACAUCCUCAAUGACUCAGUGGGUUUGAGCAUGGAGUCUUCGGAGGAUUAUCCUGCCACUGAGAGCUACCGACAUUCUAGCACGGUAACACCGCCUAGCGCAACAGAUGUCGAAGCUGAAAGUGAGCAGCUAGAUCAAUUGCUAGGAAAAGACCUGCGCCGCUAUUCAGAUACAAAACUGGUAAUCGGUCCAGACAGCGGCCCGAUGUUGGGCCCAGGAGUUAACGAUGUCUUGCUACCAUCAGCAGUGCCCAUAGAUCCGUCGUACACAACAGUAGCAGCAGGCUGCAGUAAAGAUUUACGCCAACUUUUAAAACAGCACUCCGCUAGUGCGACAGAUACUAUUUUGGAUAUGGAAUUGCCAACAUCACCACUAUCACCACCAGCUGCAUAUGCGGGACGGAUGGCAAUGCCAACAUCGCGUCAAACACAAGCGUCACUGCGUCGAUCAUUGCAUACAGUCGAUGAGCUAGGAGCGAGUCUUGUUGCAAAAGAGCCAUUGAACAGAAGAGCUAUGCCCAGCACAGCUGUAGCGGUAGGAAUAGGGAGGUCACGACAACAGUCCUCAUCGAAACCAAUGUUUAAAUCUUUGCCAAAUUUAAGUGGCAGUUGCGAAAAUCUGCUCAGAAAAUGAGCACUAAGUUCAAUUCUGCCGAACUUUACAAAGUCCAAUUCUUAAAUGAAGAAUGCAUUAAAAUAUAAUAUAAUGAAAUGUACUGAGUUGACGCUCUCUAAGUUGUUAGGAUCGCACAUAUCCGUUUUUUUUUUGUGCGACAAACAAAAACAAAUAUAUAUAUAUAUAUAUUUGCGUCCAAUAUUUAUUCACACUUAAUGAGUUUUUAGACACUCCCACUAAGGCAUGUGUGGGCCUUUUGAAAUUUCGCUUGUCAGACGAACGCGAUCAGACUGUUACGAGUAAGGUGUAGCAAGUAAAAUACAACGAUACAAAUGUAUCGCUAAUAAAAGCCAUGGAAAAUAUGAAAGAUGGUUUGAUUUUAGACUUACGCGCACUUAACAGGGUAAAUCCAAUAUUUGGUAUUUACUAAAAUUAGCAUUAUUGUUGAAUUUGAAAUUGAAUUUGGAUAUUUAAAUGCGUUGGCCACCAGAAAUGAUUCGUUUUAACAAACCGAACGAAAAAUUUGAAAUUUUGUACUUCAUAACAUAGAUACAUACGCGUAUGAUUAUUAUAUUUGCCUUUGUUAGACGUUUGGCCGAGUGAAGUCCUUUGAAUUCUUCAUGUGUAAUAGGAAAAGUACAAUAGUUAUUUAUUGGCUCACUCCUGUUAAGAUUAAGGUAAAAAAUGUAUUUGAUUUGAAAUUGUAUCCGAUUUGAAAAAUAUUAAUUUGUAUUUUCAAACUAAAUUAUUAUUAUUACUAAAAACUAUUUCUAUGCACACAUUUAAGUUCAGUUCCUGAGAGUUUCAUUUGAAAGAACAUCAGAAAUUAAUUUAUGCUCUAUAAUUAAAUUAUGCUCUAAAUUAUUGAAUAUUGAAAUAUUGAAUGAACGAAAUGCUCUAAUGUGCUCCAAGCUGUGCAGAAUUAAAAACGCGAAUGAUCAGCAAUGUGCCAAAAACUUUGUCUGUAUUCACACCUAGAUCGGUAGUUCUGUUGAGUUCAAUAUCGCUCUUCGUUUUUUUUGCGCAUUUAGUGAAGCGGCAAUAAGUGGGAUUUGUAAAGGUGUUGGCCCAAUGCAGGCUUUCUAUGCUUUGCUUAGCUUUUAAAACUUGUAUGGCCAAAUCAGAUGAUUUGUAAAAGGAUACAGAAAUGUCAGCCAUAUUCAAUAAAAUAGUACAUAAUACAUUUUUGAAUAAUGAUAUUAACUAGAAGUUGUGAAAGCAUAUUUCGAAUGUUUCUUUUACUAGUAAAAAUGUGCAAUAUAGGACGCCAAUCACACCAACGACGAAAGUGAUGAAUAUGCGAAUGACAUUUAUAUUGACAAAAACAUGGGCACUUUUAGCUUUGCGCAAGCUUACAAGAGGCAAGGAACAAUUGAAGAAUAAUAUAAACAUCCAUGCUUUUCAAUGCAUUUAUUAAAUUUUCUUCAAACAUAUUUGAAAAACAAAUGUAAAUAAACAAUCUCUCUAAUCUGCUUAAAAUUCUCAUAAGAAACUAAACCAAAUCAAAUUAAAUGAUAGACAGGGAUGUUCAAUUUUUAAUGUCAAAAGCGCUGCGAAUGGAAUAUUGCGCAAUUUGAAAUUUCGCCGUACUUGAAGCGCUUGAAGCAAAGGUCUCUUUUCAUAUAUUUUAGCAUUGUUUUAUUCAUUUUUGAAAGUUAUCGAAGCCAAGCAAGCAAAGCCAACUUGCAUUGGGCCUCCACUGUAAAUCUGAUUUUUUCUUUUUUCAUAUAGGCAACAGUAAAAACGCGGUUUGCUGGGAAUAAUAGGAAUAAAAAACGAAUGUAUGUCAGUUUGGUGUGAAUGCAGCUGUGUUAUUAAAAAUGUUGAAGCCGUAACUUUCGUAUUGUAUAAAAGUUUAUUGAGAUUAAUCAACAAUCUCACUACUGGUCGGCAACAAAAUGUACUUUAAAUUUUAAUUGGAAACUCACUUAAGAUUUUGGAUUUGACCUACGAGUGUGUUGAAGAACCUUAUUUCAUAAUUCAAAUUUAUGCUACAUCAAUAAAAUAUUAUUUUUUUACUGCAAAGCUUUCUUUAAUAAUCUCUUGUUUAUAUUACCUUAGUAAGCAAAUUGAAAAAAAUUGAUUUCAUUUGAAUAAAAAUCGCAUACAGACGGGCGCGUUAAGUUAAUACUUAAAAAACUGUGAUUAAUCAAUUAUGUAAUUUUUAGACUUGAUUUGCGAAUAUCGUACAUACAUGCAUACACAAUUAUAAAGAAUACACAUCCUUCUGUUUUUGCAUUGCAUUAUGUAUGAUAUAGAAUUAUAUAAAAAAAGUAAUUCAAUUGAUUGGUAUAUCAAUGAUGCAAAUAAUAGAAAGCAACUAUUUCUUUUUCACCCCACAAUCACGCAAAGAUGCAUCCGAGUGUUUGCUCUCUUAAUCCAUUUAUUGUCUAUGGGUGCAAGGCAACAAUCUCCAUGCAUAUAUAAGUAAUUACCCUCACACACACAUACAUAUAUGUAUAAUAACACAAAUCUUAAAAGUGAAACAAUAUGGAAACUAGAAGAAAAAAUAAAUAAUAUUUUUCUAUAAUAAAUCGUUGUUUUUGCAAUGUGCUUUAGAAUGAUUUUCUUUUUAAUAAAAACAUGUUUGAGAUUGAAGGCCUUGGUUUUUUUGUUUAAAGCUCCUGCCUCAACUAAUAAUAAAUUAUUGCCUAUUUACUUAAAUAUUUAAACAUUUUUCUUUCGAUUUCUGUAAAGUAUUUUCACAUCCGCAUACGAGUAUAAAUCAUAAAAGAAAAUAAAGUUUGUAAUUAAUUUGAUUAAUAAACCAUUACUAUUAUUAAUAUUAAGUAUGAACUGCAUACUACGAAGAAUCAUAAAUAAUUAUACCUAUUUAAUGUAAU